UCGCAAGCUAGAGGAGGAGGACAUGAAGGCGAGGUUCGAGGAUUGGGUGAAGAAGUACCACAGGACAUACCCAGACGAGGAAGAGAGGGCUAUGCGGUUCAAUGUGUUCAAGGACAACAUCAAGUCGUUCGAAUCGCAGGGUUUGCUUCCAAACUGUUUUGCAGACUUGAAAGAUGAGGAGCUCCCUUCGCGCCGGUCCUGUAUCGCUGACAUAGACCAAGACAUCGAAGAGUGCCUCCAGGCCAAGAUUCUCGCUGAGACAGGAGAAUUUACGUGGACACCAGACGUGAUGCAGGGCCACAAGAAGGCAACCCAAGUCUCUGCCUAGAAUGAUGGUAUCCGGU